AUAUGUUCUUAGCUUGGGUAAAAAAGUAAUAGUCUGUGGGGAUUUCAAUAUUGAAAUGGCAAAACUAGAUGAGCAAGUCUCAAUUAAUUUCAAGAAUUUACUGCGGUCACUAGACCUGGUAUGUAGCAAUAAACUCCCAACAAGAAACUACGCCUGUUUAGAUAAUGUUCUAGUCAAUUUUACUCAAGAUUUAUAUACAAUUUCAGUUCUGCAAGGUGCUUUGGCCGAUCAUGACCCAUUGCUUUUUAAAUAUCGUAAACCAUCAUCCACAAAUACUCAAAAUGCAAACCAACCUACAUUAUUUGUCAGGAAACAAAAUAAACAAAAUCUUAAUCUUUUUUGUGAGGCCUUACAAAAUGAGUCCUGGCAAAACAUUGUGGACAAUGAAAGUAACUCAGAAGCUUUAUUUAAUAGCUUUUUUUAUCAAUUUGUUGACCUUUGGUAUUAUUGCUCCCCACUUGUAAAGAAGAAACCUAGAUCAGACAGUAGGACUCUUAUAAAGAAAAAUAGAUUUAAUUGGUACAAUGAUAGUUUAAGGAAAAGUAGGGAAACCAUGCUAGCUUAUAAUUCCUUGUACAAGAAUCUUUUAAAAAUUAACUCUGUAAAGGCUCAGGCAGCUUACAAUAUUUAUAAUAACUUGAAAAAACAAUAUAGGAAGGACUUAACCCUUGCUAAAAAAUCAGCUUGUGAAAAAUAUAUUAACAAUUCCAAAAACAAAUGUAAGGCAGCCUGGGAUAUAAUAACACAAGAAAAUACCACCACACGCACAUCUCAUGUAACACUUGACCCUAAUGAACUAAACACAUAUUUUACAGAUUCUGUUGAGGAACUGGUCAACCAAGUUGGCCAAACCCAAACCACACCCAGUGAUCUGCUGGAAUCCAAUAAACAAUUGGACAACAUUUCCAAAUUUAAAUGGACAUCAAUCACACCAGACGAGGCAGAAUUACCAUUUCCACCAUACACGAAACAAGGAACAACUGGAUAUACCACAUCACAGGCUGGCCAUCACAGGUAAUUCUUUUAAACUUAAUUGUGUGAAAUUUUAUAAUAAGCUGCCUGAGCCUCUUCAGGCAGACAGCCUUUCUCUUCCUCUUUUUAAGUCAAAAAUUCAUAACUGGCUCAUAGCUAACUCAUUUUACUCAGUUAAGGACUUUAUGAAUUAUAAAAUUAAAGCCGAAUCUUUCAUACUGUAAAUCAAAAACUUUCAAUCGUUAUUCUUAAUCUUUGUUAUCUAUAGAUAUGAACAUGUUUAGUGAUAUUUUAUUUAAUGUAAUUUGACAAUGCCUAUUCCUAUGUACAACUUGGUCAAUGGCAAUAAACUUUCUUAUUCUUA